AUGAAACUUCGUUCCGCGGCCCUGUUGAGCCUGGCUCCGGGGAGGGCAUUGUCCCAAAAUGUUGUCCAGUUCGAGGUCACAAGAGGGCUUCCCGGUGCUCCUCACACCUACACGCCGUCCUCGCUCGCCCGCCGGGGGCCAUACUCGGAACGACUCAUCAACAGCAUAGCCGGCGGCGGCUACUAUGUCCGGGUACAAGUCGGAACCCCCAAGCAGAACCUCACCAUGCUGCUCGACACGGGGAGCAGCGACGCCUGGGUGCUGGGCCACGACGCCGAUCUGUGUACGAGCCCAGACCUGCAAAGCAUCUACGGCAUGUCCUGCACCGACACGUUCGACCCGUCCAAGAGCUCCACGAGCAAACUGGUCGAGGAGGACGGAUUCGAGAUCACCUACCUCGACGACACCUCGGCCUCGGGAGACUACAUCACCGACGACUUCACCAUCGGCGGGACGACCGUUAAGUCCCUGCAGAUGGCCUACGUGACCCAAGCCGUCAGAGGCACGGGCAUCCUCGGCCUCGGCUUCAACACCAGCGAGCGGGCCGCCACCAAGUACCCCAAUAUCAUCGACGAGAUGGCCCGACAGGGACUCAUCAAGUCCAAAGCCUACUCCCUCUACCUCAACGACCGCCGCACCGACUCAGGCUCCAUCCUCUUCGGCGGCAUCGACACCGACAAGUUCAUCGGCCCGCUGCAAAUCCUCCCCCUCUACAAAGGCCCGGGCCGCAAGGGUGACAGCAGCGCCUACUCCUCCUUCGAACUCGACUUCUCCGGCGUCACACUCACCCACACAAACGGCACCCGCCGCACCCUCUCAACAGCUACCCUCCUCAACCACCCGGCCCCAGCCGUCCUCGACUCAGGCACCACCCUCUCCUACCUCCCUGACGAGCUGGCCGAGCCCAUCUACGCCGCCGUCGGCGCCGUCUACUCCCCCGACCUGCGCAUGGCCCUCGUAGACUGCUCCCGCGCGGAAACCGACCCCGAUUUCCAUCUGACAUUCACCUUCCCGCCUACGGGGCGCAUCACCGUGCCGCUGUGGUCGCUUACUCUCGAUAUCCUCCCGCCAGCGUACAACAACCCCCCCUCCCGAGGACGGCUUUGUGUCUUUGGGAUCCAGUCUACCGCGCUUUUUGAGCCGUCUCCACCUCCUUCGUCAUCUAAAAGCAGCAGUAGUGCCCCCCCCUCCUCGUCUAAUUUCACCCUCCUCGGCGCUACCUUCCUCCGCUCCGCUUAUGUCGUCUACGACCUCUCCCACCACCAAAUCGGGCUUGCCCAGGCCAACCUUAACAGUUCUACCUCCGCCGUCGUUGAGCUCUUCUCAUUCCCCUCUAACAACAACAAUGAUGAUGACGACAACAACGGCAACGAAGACGACGACUACGAUCACGACCACGACGGUGAUGACGAUAGUGACGACGACACUAACGAGAAACCCACCGGCCUCCCCCAUCUAACAGGCGUCCCAGCCCAACAAACAACCCACACCCCGACCCCCACACCCCCCUCCCCCGGUGACGAGAGCAUCGGUAUUGGGGGAACGGGAGCGGCAGUGGUAGUGGCAGCGGGAGUGGUACCGCAGGUGGUGGGUACGGGACGGGUUCGGGAGGUGUGGGGAGUAGUGCUGCUAGGGGGCGUGCUGGUUUGCAUGGAGGGUAUAGGGUGGGGUUGA